CUGUCUUUCUUUCUCUUUCUUUGGGGAAAAAAUAUGGAAUUAGGUGCCGCAUUUUUCUGGCCUUGGUAACGUAAAAGCUCCAAGCUCGUAUAGGCGAACAGAAACACCCUUUCUGGCAUAGUCAUUUGAUUUCUCCACCUUGGUGAAAGCCUUGAAACCCUUGAGGCUUUCACGGAAGGUGGUAUUUUACUGGAAGGGGUGUUUCUAUUAGCAGUUAAUUGAACCCGUUGUCCCUUUUUCGUUUCCCAAUAGAAAAAUCAGAUUUUUUGUGUUUCCUACGCUAAUUGUUGUUGAUGGGUUUGAAGAAAUCAAUCUAGUUUUGAGACCAAUUUCUUCCGGCUAGAGCUGGAGGAGUUUUUGUAACUUGUAAGUAGAAGAUCUUAAUAAGGUUUUGUAGGAAGGAAUAGUUGGAAAUAAAGAUGGAAGAAGAUACUAAUUCUUGGCUAAGGAGGACGAAAUUCUCUCACACAGUGUGCCAUAGAUUGGAUCCUUCUAGAUUGGGGUCUAUUCCUUUCAGCAUUCAGUCAGAGCACAACUCAAAGCCUUCUUCACAGGUUCAGAGAAAUCUCAAAUUAAACAAGCAUAGAUCUUUGUCACCAUUGCCUCAAACUUUUCUUUCUGAGGCCUUCAGAGAAGCUAGACACGAGCAGAAGAGGUUCUCAACACCAGGUCCUAGGAGGAAUAAGAGAAUUAUGGGCAAGUUAUUGAACAAGGAUCCUCAGGAAAUUAAGGUAUCAAGUUCAAAAUCGCCUUCCAAUAGUCCAAACAGGCAAAUGAAGUCGAAGCACCCCAAGGAUUCGGCAUGGACUAAGUAUUUGGAAAAUGGUGGAGGAAGGGUUACUGCUGUGGAAACCGCUGAAGAAUGGACUGUUGACCUGUCUAAGCUGUUUCUUGGCCAUAGGUUUGCUCAUGGAGCUCAUAGUCGGCUUUACCAUGGUGUAUAUAAGGAAGAGCCUGUUGCUGUUAAAAUAAUUAGAGUACCUGAUGAUGACGAAAAUGAAACCUUGGCUGCUCGAUUAGAAAAACAAUUCAUUAGAGAAGUCACCCUUUUAUCUCGCCUCCACCAUCAAAAUAUUGUAAAGUUCUCAGCAGCAUGCAGAAAUCCACCGGUUUAUUGUAUUAUCACAGAAUUUCUAUCGGAAGGUUCCUUGAGGGCAUAUUUGCAUAAGUUGGAGCACAAAACUAUUUCUUUACAAAAGCUAAUAGCUUUUGCUCUUGAUAUUGCCCGAGGAAUGGAAUAUAUACACUCUCAAGGUGUCAUUCAUCGAGACCUUAAACCUGAGAAUGUCCUUAUUGAUAUAGACUCUCAUCUUAAAAUUGCUGAUUUUGGUAUUGCUUGUGAGGAGGCAUUCUGUGACUUAUUAGCUGAUGACCCUGGCACCUACCGUUGGAUGGCACCUGAGAUGAUCAAACGUAAAUCCUAUGGGAGAAAGGUUGAUGUCUACAGUUUUGGUCUUAUCUUGUGGGAAAUGUUGACCGGAACAAUACCAUAUGAGGAUAUGAAUCCAAUCCAGGCUGCUUUUGCUGUUGUAAAUAAGAAUUCAAGGCCAGUUAUUCCUUCAGACUGCCCAUCUGCUAUGCGAGCUUUAAUUGAGCAAUGCUGGUCCUUGCAACCAGAUAAGAGGCCUGAGUUCUGGCAGAUUGUUAAGGUAUUAGAGCAAUUUGAAUCUUCACUUGCCCGUGAUGGAAACCUGACUCUGGUGCAAAGCCCUAGUUGCCAAGAUCAUAAGAAAGGGCUUCGUCAUUGGAUUCAAAAGCUUGGUCCCGUGCAUCAAAAUAGUGGCCCUAUGCCUAAGCCCAAAUUCACUUGAAUCUCUGAAGUGUCCUGGCUUUUUGUAAUACACCAGGUCCGUUGUAAUUAAAAGUGAAAGUUUUGUUUUUUAGGUUCUCUGGUUGUGGUCCACUUUACAACGUUCUUGUGAUUGUAAAUUGUUUUUAGGCAUGCACAUUAAGGUGAAAGCAUCUUUUAUUUGCGCUGUGUAUGCACUCAUCAAUUAUAAUCAACUUAUGGCACUCUUGGCUUCUUGUUGUAGUUGUAGUUGAUACUUCAUACCAAAAAAUAUCCCCCUUCCUCCCUCCUUCCAAAGGAGAGUUUAUAAUUCUUG